AUGCCCAUUGAAACCGUUGAACCAGAAGCCGAACCAAUUCUCGCCGAAGAUAAUGAAGGGUCAGCACCGAAGCUGCCCACGCCAUCUCGGCCAGCAAUCACGCCACAAGUAGUUAUCUUACACAUGACACUACUACCGCUUGAUGUCAAACCAAUGGACGCUACGACAGGUGCGAUGGAACUUGGAGAAUACACUGGAGAAAUGACGGGAAAGAGGUCGAGAGAGCAGGAUAAUGGAUCGGAUUCACAGGACGCCAAGCGUUUGCGCGCAACCCUCCCCAUCAUGACAGAUCUAGCACUGGACCAACAGUUCUUCACACAUUAA